CGGAGGCCGCGCCUGCCGCCGCCCGACGAGCUGUUCCGGAAGGUGUCGCAGCCGCCCGCCUUCCUCAGCAACCCGCUGCAGCGCCACAUCGACUGGGACCGCCGCGUGCUGCGCGCGCCCGAGGAGCCUCCUAAGGAGUUCAAGGUGUGGAAGACCAACGCGGUGCCCCCACCCGAGACCUACAGCAUCACCGAAAAGAAGGCGCCUCCCCCUCCUGAGCUGGAUAUGGCAAUAAAGUGGUCUAAUAUUUAUGAGGACAAUGGUGACGAUGCUCCACAGCAGACCAAUAAAGUGAAAUUCUUACCAGAAGAGGAACAAGAGCCGGUAGGAUCAGAUGAUGAAAAGGAUGAACCAGCUUCUGCUAAAAAACGCAAACUAGACACUGGGGAGCAGACAAAAAAGAGGAAGUAGUAAACGGGACUUAACUGCAUUUGGCCCUAAUGAAAAUUUCUGUGAACUUUGAUGCCACUACUGGAAUGGGAGACAAAUGUUCUUUCACUCACUUUCUAUCACCUGCUAUUUAAGGAAUUUUUAUUUCUGUAAAAUGUUUGUCAUUUGAAAAGCACAAAGAGUUAAUGGAUCAGUGUUGUGAUAGAAACUUGCAUCCUCUGAACGAAAAUUAAGUCCACUUAUUUAAAACAGAGUCUCUUAAGGUAUUGUGAUGAAUACUUGUGCUCGUGCAAGGUAGGGCUUUGCAGUAUUCUAUUUAUCAAGAAACAUGCUGACUUUUGGUGUAAAUUUUUCUUGACUGAUCUUCCAUUGUGUUAAAACCUUUUAUAAAGGAACGUAUCUUUAAAAUGUUUUAAGUAAUGUAUUGUGAUACAUAUUUGAACUAUGCUGUUUUAAAAUGUAUGUAAAGAGUAUAUAUAGAUGAGUGAAAUAAAACUACAUUUGAAAACUU